AUGCUUCGCCGCCUCACCACCCUCUCCCGCCCCGCCGCCGCGGCGCUGGCCCGUCCCGUCCAGGCUCGCGCCUACGCCAAGGCCGCCGCCACCGCUACUUCCAACGUCGUUCUUGAGCUCGAUACCAAGAAGGUCGGCAACGAGAUCCGCAAGCGCGGCCUCACCUCUGCCGUCUCGAGCCGUGACGGUGGCAUGGACCGUGACACCAUUAUCCGUCUCCUAUACUCGCUCGGCUCGCGCCAGGAGGUUGAGCGCUACCUGCGCAUCUUCACCCAGUCGACCAACGCUGCGUCGCCCGGUGUCCUCCCCGAGGCCAAGUUUGCCGUCCUCAAGAUUGGCGGUGCGAUCCUCAACGAUGAGCUCGAUGACCUCGCCCUCUCGCUGUCGUUCCUGAACCGUCUUGGUCUCUACCCCGUCGUUCUUCACGGUGCUGGCCCCCAGCUCAACGAGCUUCUCGAGUCGGAGGGUGUUGUCCCCGAGUACGAGGACGGUAUCCGUAUCACCGACGCCAAGACCCUCCAGGUCGCUCGUCGCGUCUUCCUCCAGGAGAACCUCAAGCUCACCUCGGCUCUUGAGCGUCUCGGCACGCGUGCCCGCCCCAUCCCCACCGGUGUCUUCUACGCCGACUACCUUGGCAAGGAGAAGUACGGCCUUGUCGGCAAGAUCCAGCGCGUUGACAAGGCCCCCAUUGAGGCUGCCAUCAAGGCUGGCUGCCUUCCCAUCCUCACCUCGCUUGCCGAGACCGCGGACGGCCAGAUGCUCAACGUCAACGCCGACGUCGCCGCCGGUGAGCUUGCCAAGGUCCUCGAGCCCAUGAAGAUUGUCUACCUCAACGAGAAGGGCGGCCUCUUCCACGGUGUUACCGGCAAGAAGAUCUCGACCAUCAACCUCGACGAGGAGUAUGACGGCCUCAUGAAGGAGUCGUGGGUCAAGUACGGCACCAAGCUCAAGAUCCGUGAGAUCAAGGAGCUCCUCGACACCCUCCCCCGCACCUCGUCGGUCGCCAUCAUCUCGACCGACAUGCUCCAGAAGGAGCUCUUCACCGACGCCGGUGCCGGUACCCUUAUCCGCCGCGGCUACAAGCUCUACAAGCAGCCCGCCAAGGACGCCGUGGGUUCGACCCAGCUCCGCCAGGUCUUUGACGAGCGCGACCCCGAGGUCAUCUCGGGCCGCAAGUCGGUUGCCGAGAUCUUCUCGGGCAUGAAGGACCAGCCCUGCACCAUCUACGGUGACGAGCCCUUCGACGUUGUCGCUGUUGUCUCGCACCCCGAGGGCGAGACCCCCGUCAUGACCAAGUUCCUCCCCUCGCGCAACGGUGUCCUCAACAAGACUGUUGACAACGUCUUUGACGCCAUCAAGAAGGACCACAAGCGUCUCUUCUGGACUGCCCAGGCCGACGACGAGAACCGUGCUUGGCACUUUGAGCGCGCCGACGGCUCGUUCACCCGUGCUGGCCGCAGCCUCUUCUGGUACGGUGUCCCCGACGUCAAGCAGGUCGAGUCGAUUGUUGCCGGCUUUGAGAAGUCUGGCCGCAUCGACCGCGUCUUCCUCCCUGUCGGCCCCUCGACCCCUCCCCACCGCCUUGCCGGCUCGGCCCCCACCGGUGCCCGCGCCUUCUCCACCUCGGCCCGCCCCUCCGUUCGCUCGACUGACGCUUCGUCGUCGCGCCGCGGCUACGCCACCGAGGUCCCCAAGAAGCGUGUCGCUCUCAUCGGUGCCCGUGGCUACACUGGCCAGAACCUCGUGUCGCUCCUCAACAACCACCCCCACCUCGAGCUCACCCACGUUUCGUCGCGUCAGCUUGCUGGUCUCCCCCUCGAGGGCUACACCAAGUCCAAUGUGACCUACUCGAACCUCUCGCCUGCCGACGUCACCAAGAUGGAGGAGAACGGCGAGGUUGACGCCUGGGUCAUGGCCCUCCCCAACGGUGUUUGCAAGCCCUUUGUUGACGCCAUCGACGCUGCCAGCCGCAAGGGCGGCAAGGGUGUGAUUGUCGACCUUUCGGCCGACUACCGUUUCGAGGACAACUGGACUUACGGUCUCCCGGAGCUCUACGGCCGCGAAGAGACCAAGACUGCCACUCGUGUCUCGAACCCCGGCUGCUACGCCACCAACACCCAGCUCCUCCUUGCCCCCCUCCUGCCUUACCUCGAUAAGGCCCAGGCUCCUACCAUCUUUGGUGUCUCGGGCUACUCGGGUGCUGGCACCAAGGCUGGUGAGAAUGACGCUGACGGCCGCCCCUUGACUGUCCCCAAGAUCUCGGAGCAGGACCUCACCGGCUCGAUCCGCCCCUACGCGCUCACCGACCACAUCCACGAGCGUGAGGCCUCCAACCACCUCGGCAAGCUCCUUGGCAACCCCGAGUUCCAGCUCUCGUUCGUCCCCAACGUCGCCCCCUGGUUCUCGGGCAUCGUUUCGGUCCUGAACGCGCCCCUCGCCCAGUCGAUGCGCGCCUCGGACAUUGCCAGCCUCUACGAGGACAAGUACGCCGGCGAGCGUCUCGUCCAGGUCAUCAAGGGCGUGCCCGACGUCCGUGACGUUGCUGGCAAGCACGGCUGGCGCGUCGGUGGCGUCCAGGUCCACUCGAGCGGCAAGCGUGUCGUUGUUGUUGGUGCCCUCGACAACCUCCUCAAGGGUGCCGCCACCCAGUGCAUGCAGAACCUCAACCUCGCUCUCGGCUACGACGAGCUUGCCGGUGUCCCCGCUGACAAGCUGUAA